AUGUCGGAGGUCCAAAACUCCUCGUGCGACGAGGUACGGAGUCUUGAAUUGAAGGGUCUCCCCAAACCCAAGAGCAUCCCCACUCGGGACUCGGGUGCGUGGUACUUGCCCAGCUUUCAAUUCCAGCAACAACCCACACACACGAUCGAACCCGAUUCGACUUCACAUCGAAGGCCUCGCAAGAGGAACGUGAGGAUCGUGAAGAACGUCAACCAGACCGUUCUCAUAGUCGACUCUAGGGCCGCAUUAGCCGUUUCCUGUAUGUACUUCGUCAUUUCUACACAGAGCACAGAGACUUUUCCAACCCUCCAACCCUCCAAGACCCCUGUCAUCAGACUUCCCCUUCUCGCCCUGUUUUCUCUCGAACAUCCCCGUUUCCCUACGUCAAAUCCGUCCAAGGUCGUCUCGCCGUCUCGCCGUCUCGCCGUCUCUCUCUAUGUCUACAAGGGCAUUCUCUCCUACUGCAUUCGAUCUCUCUUGUUCACCUUCUACCACCCGACCUUGAUUCUUGAACCUGCAGUUACGUGUGUUCCGAUCUCCCGGAACUCGUCCAUUCGCCAAACUCCGAUCCUCAAACAUUUCUCUGCCGCUUACCGCCUCGCCACAAAACAUGGGCACAUGCUAAAACAUAGUCGAUUCAUGCGAACAGAAUUACCUCGCUACAACUCUUCGUCUUCACAUCCGAAGACGCCCAAGACUCCACGCCGCCUGUAUUUGCAUCUAUUGCACCCAUCUUCCCUCGCAUUCGAUCAUCCUAUUACACUGCACUCAAUCAUGCGACCUGCCUUGACAAACCCACUCGCUUACCCCGGCCGCCACCCGCAACCUUAA